AUGUUCUGGGUGAGCAGAAUUGAACUCACCAUUUUGGGACGUCUUUGCUAUACAAACGGAUAUUUCUCGAGCAGAUCUUUACUUGUGGAUGAGCUAAGUAGACUCUCAGGGCUGGGAGCUUAUCCUGCAUUUCAAGCUGAGGAUACGGUGCUUCGUCAUCUGGUUGAUUUAUAUCAUGGGCUCCCAAUAUCGAACGAAAAGCUUUCCAGCUCAAAGUUUGGAAAGGACAAGAAUGUACUCAAUCUUUUGUCUAGAUCUCGAGCUACGAAACAAUCGGAUUCGUACGAAAUGGAAAUGAAGCGAGAAAUUCAUCGAUUACUAGAUUCAAUGUACGAUGCAACUCCUAGCCAGUAUAUCAAACGUGAGUUCUUUAUGAAGGAGUUCCUAGCAAUCGGUUCAUACAAAGAGAUUCAAGAUCUAAUUCUUGCGGAUUUGUCCCUGAUACGAUAUAGCCAAUGGAGAGAUAUGUCGAAUUUUUAA